GUAAUGUUUUGCAUAGGAUCAAACUUCCCAAGUCCAGGUUCGUGACCGGGAUUCUAAAUCAGUUUCCAAAUCGAGGUAUAUAGCGUCAAAGGCUAUCAAACACUUCCCAAAAGUCACGUUAUAGCUGAAAGCGCCACUAUUAUGUGUACAUUUGCAGACAAAGCGGAUCUGUUCGAUAUUGGGUGGAAAUAUUCAACACCAGCGGAGGUAAUGGUGUGACUCAUGCGUGCGUAGUAACGAACAAAUAGGCAAUGCACGCGGCUCUAAAUAUCAGCAAAUCAAACGUAGGCUACAUCACUAAAAAGGUCACCGUGGAUGGGAUUUUGUAGACAAUUGAUAUUCAAAACCCUGUUUUUCUUGAAGUGUCAAAAGCGCACCAGACGUUGCGUUGCCAAAGGACUUUAUUUGAUAAUCCUCCCAUAGUUUCUUUUUGGGGCUCUACUUGGUCACCUGUACCCAUCCUCAGCACGGUAAGAUGGUUUUUAACAGGGAUUAUUAUUUUACGAAAGCAGGAUAAGUGUGCUUUGUUCAUUGAAGCUUUAUGAUAAAUUGACGUAUGAGAGGCUCAAACAGGUGUUUUAAAAUCUUCCAUCAACGUUUUGUAAGAUAGACACAUAGAAUUAUGGCUAUGCAUAUUAUUUGUUUGCCGAUAUUAAAGUUAUUGAUAGAUAUAAAAUGGUGUUAUCAUUAAACUACAGUUCUUUGAGCUUUGACGGAGGGUUUUUCAUUGCAUGGACAUGCUUUUCCCUUGAAGUGACAUUGACCUGGAUAAGGGUAAUCAUUAUUUACAAAUCAUCCUCUUAAUUGAGGAGUCGCUAUCCUGUUUGUCAAUCAAUUAUGUAAACAUAACAUAUUUUUUUGUCAUUAUUUAUCAAAUUAAUACUUAAUUUAUCUGAGGUUUGACAGUUCAUCUAACUUGCCUAUGUGAUAAAUCACCAGAUUAGCUGUUAUUUUUUAUUUUAUUUUUUACCUUUAUUUAACUAGGCAAGUCAGUUAAGAACACAUUCUUAUUUACAAUGACGGCCUACACCGGCCAAACCCGGAUGACGCUGGGCGAAUUGUGCGCUGCCCUAUGGGACUCCCAAUCACGGCCGGUUGUGAGACAGCCUGGAAUCGAAUCAGGGGGUCUGUAGUGACGCCUCAAGCACUGAGAUGCAGUGCCUUAGACCGCUGCGCCACUCGCAUAGUUUAUCUUUUAUCUUUUAUCAAGGCUAAUUCUGUUUUUUCACUUUCAAUACAUUAUGUUUUAGGGUUAAACUAUUUGUUGCCCAACUUCCCGGGUUACCUUCCUAUUCAUAAAAGGCAGAUACAUAUCAAACUCUCUGAAAACAAAGAAAUACACUUGCAGUGAUGCCUCAUUAUCCACAUUGACAUCAGAGAUCAGGUUAUCGAAUGUAUUGGUGAGGAUUAAUGAGCAUCAUUGUCGAUGUUGAUUUGAUAAAGCCUAAUGAAAUGUAUUGUGUUUAUAACCAAUAAGUUAUUUUGCCUUUUUUUACUUUCUUAUCUGUAGCCUAUGGAUUCAGGAAAAAAUAAUGUGCACUGCAGCCUCAGCCAACCUGUUAAUUGAUGUUUGAGAAGAAUUGUAGGCUACUCUGGCUGCCAGACGAUGUCGUAGACAUGUCUGUCGUGUCCUGUCUCCUUGCUUAUUCGUAGUUGUGGAUAUUUCUGUCAGCGUUUGGAUGAGGGAUCGAUCUUAACAUAUCCUAUUCAUACAUUUAAAAUAGCCUAGUUAGGCAUGUCAUUAUCUAUAUAUUUUAUGGCUCAGAGACAGCUAUUAUUUCUACUCUCCUUACUGUGAAUGUGACUUUUCGUCUUGAAUAAAAUAAGCGAGGUUCCGCAGAAAGUGACAGCGAGCUUUGGAGUGAGGACAUUUGUACUGUAUUUUAGGAGUGAUGGCGGCGUCUGCACCUUCCUCGUCUGGCAGCGAACCGGAUCCCAACUCGACAAAUUUACGACCACCAGGCUCAAGUAGGUCCAUCACAGAUAAAACGCUAUUUCACUUGUGCUAUUUACUUUGUGGGCAAUGCCAUUAAUCAUUUCCAUGGAGGAAAAAAACUGUACCAUUCUAAACGCCUCCCACCCAACAAAUCACCGCAACAUUGUAUGCGCAGCGGACCUCCCGGCAUCUGCUUGAUAGACGAAUCUUGCUGUCAAAAUAGGUGAUGUCCUCUUAAAACAUGAACUGAAAGCAAUUAGAAAAGACUAAUGGCUAGGCUAGUACCAUCCUGUGGGUAUUGAUAAAUAAAAAAAUCCCCAAAGAAUUUAGCAUAAUCUUCCAAAAUAAUAUACAGCCUUCUUGAAUUAUUAUUAGGCUGUUAUAAGCCUAUUGUUGUUAUUAUUAUAAUUAUUAUAAUUAUUGCCUUCCAUAAAGAGACUAUAGUAGGCUAUAUUUUUCUGUGUAUUUCUUCCGUCGUGGUUGAAUAAAAAGUGAGAGUGAAUUUAAGGGUAAUUUAUUAUGUGCAAAGUGGCGUUAAUUGUAGCCACACUAAAUUGGCCCUAAUGGCAUGUGUUCAAGCACCUUAUUGUACCAUCAGCUGAGGGGGGAUGUAGAGAUGUAAGCGGCCAACAACUCUGCCUCAAUACUUUUUAUUAUCCAAGAGCUAUUGAAGAAAAAUAUAACUAACCUAUAGCCUAGGCUACAUCCCAAUUAGUUGUCCAAGGACAUUCAUAUUUUGAUGCAAAGCUCGCCAUAAAUGUCUUAUUUUUCUCACAUACAAUCAUAAAGCUCUGAUUUGAUAUUGACAACACUCCAAUGUAAAUUAUGCAUUUGCAAAUGUAAACGAUUAAACCACAACAUUUUAAUUUACGUCAGAUCAGAUUAUAAAUGUAGCAAAACUGCACCUCCGUUUUUCUCACCAGAAAAGGGAUUCAGUCAGUGCUGAAUUUGCUUGCAAAACUGUGCUUUGGGUGUGCCAAAGCCAUUAGACUGGUGUCAUGCCAGUAUUAGACUACAUCCAUGAAUGUGCAACUUCAAUUUUGUCUAUAUCUCUAUUGACAUGAAUGCAUGAUUUACGCGAAAAUCCGAAUUAUGCACGUGGACCUCAAGCUUAUUCCACCCAUAAUUGGCAUAAUUAUUUGGAAUUAUAAACGUCUUAUUUCAGAUAUUUCGCUUGCCUUUGCAUUUGCCUUCAUGGGUGUAACAUUGGCGUAGAUUUGGUCCAGAUAUAUUUGAUUUGUGAUCCUAAGCAGGGGUUAAACUGGGAUUCUGUGUGGAGCUGUCUGUCCCUUCCACUGGCCGCUUUUCCAUGGUCAAUUUCAACAGAAUUCUUAAAUUCCUAGACCUAGACUAAACUCCCCUCCCCCCCCCUCCUCCUCCUCCUCCUCAUCCUCACACACAGACACACAUCAACUCCCCACCUCCCCAAUUUAAUACCUGGAAGCCCUUCAUAGCGGCGAAAUGCUCAGCUCUUUUUGUCACUGGCCAAUUUCUGGUGAUGCAUGUCUGAUCUUUUUAGCAUCUUCUCACCAGUUAAAUGUUAAUUGAUAAUCUUAUGCAUUGUUCUAUGCAACAUGCUUCAACAUUUUCCCAUCCAUCACUGAGUUUGGGAGUAUUUUUGCAGAAAUAAUAUGCACUUGAGGCCUAAUGUAAGGGCCUUCUCAAUAGUUUUCCAAAAUUAUUUUAGGCUAUGACGCUUGGUGUGGAGUUGCUCAUGGAUGUUCUAGAAAAUUGGGAAUGAAGAUAUGUGGUAAGUUAACUAUUUUCAUGUCAUGUAUUUUCGUGGACUUCAUAAUAAAUCUUCAUGUAGGCUUUUGUUCUUAUGUGUCUUUUAGAAUGCAACAGAAAAAACAUAAUAGGUUACAUAAUGUAGGCUAUGUUGCAUAUUUUAUCUGUUACUCAACGCCGAGCAAGCAGACCAUUCUGAUAUCCGAGGAAUAGGCUAUUAGCCAUAAUGUUUUCGGCUAAUACACAAAGACUGUGCAGCCUGGGCGGCUGUGAUUACUUGCUCUUUGAAUGCCUUCUGCCCCAUUCUGCUUUCUCUUGUCGCAUGAGUGGGUUUUCACGCUGAAAGAAUGUCAAUAUUGAUUAUUACCACUGAAUUUAUAGUAACAACCCUGUUUUUUAAUAAAUAUUAAAAGCAGUUUGAAAAACUGCAGAGACUAGCUAUUGGUCCAAAAAUAACUAUAUGUCUACAUUGGCACGUCCCAAAAUGGAAUAUGAGAUCUCUUCAGUCUUGGGUAUGUUUUCAAUGUGUGUGUUUUCUUACCUUGCUUUAAAAAAUAUAUAAUUCUUAAUAAAAUCGUACUCUUGCGCCCUCCUAUGGCCUACCUGGAAAAAUAUAUAUGUUUGCCAAUACUUAAUGACCUUGGAAUAAACAAUUAGCCGGCUAAAUUAUGCAACCCCCUUUUCAUUAUUUUUAGGUAAUUUUGAAUGAAACAUGAACAUGUACAGUUGAUUUUACUACAUUCAUUGUAGUAAUCCACAAGUAAGAUAGCCUAUCUUUAUAUUUGCUGAGGCAAAUCUUAAUAUCUUAUUACGUACCUGUCUUUGUCUUUUUUUCAAAAUAUAUCGGUAGCCUAUAGUUGGAUAACUGAGCGGGUGUCAAUUAUUAAAGCUAUAUUUGGUGGAAUGAUUGGUAUCGGUCCUUAUCAUGAUGCGAGUCCAUCAGAAGAGAAAAGAUUACUCUCAUCAUGAUAGUUAUCUUUUCUACUCCAGGGAAUUGAAAUCGCAAUUCGUCAAGGUUCUGUUUUGCAGAGAUAGUAGGUCCACUGUCAGUCUUCUCCACAAUACGCACCGAUUAAGUGGGAGCAAAAUGCAUUAGCCCUAUCUGAUAUGGCCAAGCGUUGAGUCUAUUGUUAUUGUUCCAUCAGGGCCAAUCAAGCACCAACAGUAUAGGCCUAAUGCAAAUAUAAAUCAAGUUUAAUGUUUUAAUGCGAUAUUUACGCAAUUUUUACGUUUUGGUUUUAUCUGAUUCACCAUCAGGUAAUAGGCCUAUAGGCCCGUUUUCCACUUUUCAUCUCUGUUUAUUAAGUGCAAUGAUAUUGGUCCAAAAACAACAUCAUAAGCUAUCCCUCUUGCUUGACCUAGUGAAAUGUUGGUUUUAUAUUGGUUUUAUAUCACUUCACAUGAGACAGGAGCAUGCGUAUUCAGGCUAUAAUCUAACAUAUCCUUGCUGAAAGUGAAAUAAUACAAUUAAAUUAAAUUAGUCUAUAUUAAAAACGAAAUAAAAUGAAUUAACAGUAAAAAUACUUUCAACUAUCAUCUUUUUAUAUACUUUUAUGUAGUUUUAUGUAUUACUCCAAAGGGUGUGGGCGAUGGUAUAUCAUUGAGUUUCUUGUAGGCCUAGCUAGUUUAACUGAAAAAUUGCGUUAUUGAUUGUAAAAUAAGAUCAUAAAUAAGAUCACAUUGUAGGAAUUUGUAUUACUAAUAAUCUUAGCAGGAGAUUUGGAAUAGGUAUUCUUUUUAUAAGGGCCAAUCUAGAAAUCAAUUUUGGUAAAAAAAAAAAAAAAUCGUUUUUGGGGUGAGAAAUCGGUAUAGGUAAAAUAAGAUUUGAGUUAAUGUGGGGUUCUCCACAGGCCUAUGAGCAGAUAGGUUAUAAAAUGUCCCAUAUAUCAUCACAGCCCAGUCCAACUAUUAGGUCUGCCUUCAGGCUUUAAUGACAUCGGUUGACUUCAUUGUGCGCUCUUCCCUGCUUACUGAAGUGGAAUCUGUCGGAGGGAAUUAAUACGAAUUUACAGCUACACAAAAUGACGGCUAUUUGUUUUUGCUUGACUGGCUUUUGGUGCUGCUGUCACUGGGCUCAACCUCCCACUGACUCUUCCUCCCAUAAAAAGGCUUCCCUGGACAGGAUGGGAAUUACUUAAAAACUAGCCUACACCACAUCAUUGUCAGCUCAAUCAGUGAGAGUUUAGGCAUGUGUUUUGUGUAAAAAGGGUGUCAUCAAAAUGUUUGGGAUUGGGAGUGAUGAUAGUAAUCACUCAUUUCAAUCCUCUGCCCCUUGCAACAAUUUAGGAUUUUUGCAGAAGAACAACAACCUCGAGGAGAAGAUUAGUUCCUUCAAGGAAAGAUCGUCUAAGGACCUGCUGGAUAACAGCGACAGGGAUUCCCGUUUCAGACGCACCGAAACAGACUUUUCCAAUCUAUUUGCUAGAGGUAAGUGUCCGGAUUAUUUUCAUUAUGGGAAAUGUAGGCCUAUCAAUCAAAAUGAUGUAGGGAACUUGUUAAUGUUCGUUUUGUUCAGUUGUUUUACAAUAAAUGGAACAUGAGUCAACUUAAAAUCUUAAAUGUUGUUACUGAUGCGAAGAUUAGCCUGAUUUGAUCUGAUUUGAAAAUACUGAUUGACCAAAUCUUUAUAAUUGGUCUAAAUCUCUGUUAUUUCUUUCCAUUUAGUAAUGUUUGAUGAUAAAAUGUUCAAGGUAUUUUUAACCUUUUGUGAAAAAUAAUAAAACCCCAAAUCGUUAGGUUGUUAGUAAUUUAAGUUGAAUUGAUUGCUAUGCCUAUUUAAAAUGUAUAUUCACCAUUUGUUUUACCAUAAUAACCUGCUAGGUCAAGUUGUAAUAGCUGUAGAAUAGCAUAGGCUACUCAGGGACACUCACUGGAGAAAUACCAAAAAGGGUAAUUCAUUGUUGCUGAAAAUGACUUUCAAAUUAUUAUUUUUGUUUUGUUAUUUUAGCAGACGCUCUUAUCCAGAGCGACUUACAGUUAGUGAGUGCAUACAUUUUUUCAUACUGGCCCCCCGUGGGAAACGAACCCACAACCCUGGCGUUGCAAGCACCAUGCUCUACCAACUGAGCUACAAGGGGCCAUUGAUAUAAUUUAACCAGCUUUAGAGAGGAAAACCAAAUAAAUAGUUUACAAGAUGGGAAGUAGAAUGAAGUCAUGACAAAUUCUACAGAAGAUUGUGAAAGUAAGCUCUUAAAAACAUCCUCAAGUGAUGAAGGAUGCAAACAAAAGUUAUUGAUUUAUUUUUGGAAAAAAAAUGAGAAAAACACUAAUAUUGUUGACAUGCUUCAAUUUCUCACCCUAGAUUUAUUACCAGCCAAAAAUGGAGAGGAGCCAACUAUGCAGUUUUUGCUGGAGGUGGUGGAUAUUCUCACAAACUACGUCCGGAAGACCUUUGACAGAUCCACCAAAGUCCUGGACUUCCACCACCCCCACCAGCUGCUGGAGGGCAUGGAGGGCUUCAACCUGGAGCUGUCCGACGAGCCUGAGUCCCUGGAGCAGAUCCUGGUGGACUGUAGGGAUACCCUGAAAUAUGGAGUGAGAACAGGUGAGGACAGAGGAGACAGAGGCAUAAAGCAUAGCUAAUCCCCCAGCACAAUCAAUAUCUCUCAUUGUCUACAAUGUGGUUUAAUGAUUACAGAUAAGCCCAUAGUUGAAUGAUGAAGCUUUCAUGAGAAAUGUAUUAAAGACAAAUGGUGUUGUCUCCCUCCCAGGUCACCCUAGGUUUUUCAAUCAGCUAUCUACUGGCUUAGACAUCAUUGGGUUGUCAGGAGAAUGGCUCACCUCCACUGCAAACACUAACAUGUGAGUGGUCUUUAUCGCCCCCCAGUUAUUAUACAUUUGUUAUGAUACAUGUAUAUAUGUUUAUGAUUGAAAGUCACAGGAACUUUACAUUUUGUAAAUAUGUGUAUAGUAGUAAAGUAGUCCUGUCAAUUUUGUAAACAAUGUGCCUAAACCAAUGAUCAAAGUAAGAGUUGCAUAACAGGAAAAUUAAAAUUCCUACCAUUUCAAAUGGCCUCAGAAGAUUUUGGUUGAAGAUGAAGAUCAGUGGAAGUGACAUAAUUGGGGACCUUGAUAAGCUUCUAAAUGAAGGAUCCUGAGGAUGCUCUUUUAAGCAAGUAAAAUAUUAGAGUUGUGAGUUCGCUAUCUGUUUGCUUUAUUAUUGUUGUUGACCAACACUGUGGCUGUAGUCAGAUAAUAUAGCCCUGCAGGCAAACUAAAUUACAUAUUGAUUAGCAUUCAAAGUUAUAUGGGGUGGUUGUUUUAUGGAACGCUCUUUACAUCAGAGAUAAUGGUUCCACAACAGAAUGAGAUACGUCCCUGAGAUCUUCUGCACAAAUGUGAACAAUAGACUGUGAUUCAAUAUUGCUUUUUCCAUGGGAAAGGCAAUCUGGAAGAGACAGCAUGGUGAUACACCAGGUGUCCAGGGACUUGUCCAAGAGAAAAGUUGAUGCUUCGUUGGCCAUGGACUAUUGUUGACCAGUACACACAGAUUACCAGCUGAGGCUGCCAAGUCAGUUAAGGCACUGGUCAGAGUGUAUCGGCUGCUGUAACAUGCUGAUCUUGUCUAUGAUGUCAGCCUGGGAACCCGUCAGGGCAUUGUAAAAUCAUCAUAACAAAAAAAUACACUUGUGUUGUAAGCAUUGAUGAAACAUUGCAUUUCUGAGUGGUAAUAGCCAGAGUGAUCUGUGUGGUCAUGGUCAAUUGCCAUUUUUGUCUCUAAACACAGCACAGAAAUAUGAGCUCACCACCAAGGCUGGUCCUCUUCAUGUCAGGGAAUCAAUUAUUUAUUUUGCCUGGUGCCUGACUUAAUUAAAGGUUCAACACAUGGCCUGGCUGAUUCGACCUUCUAUGUAUUGUAAUCCUCAAAGGAUUUAUCCCGCUUUGCCCCCAGUGUUUUGAAGAGUGUUUAGUUGGUCCAGCUCAUGGGAUAAAUGUAGUGCUGAAGAUCUACUGGGCAGAUUAUUACCCCUGCAUAUGCUACACGUCAACACUACUGUAGAUGAGUUGAAUCAGAGGGUGGGCUCUGACUGCAUACAUAUUUGUUAUUUGCCUUAGCUAAUUACUCCAUCAUCAUUAAUUACCCCUGACACGUAUUGAUUGCCACUAAUAGGUUGACAAUCAUGUCCCAGGGCUAUCAUCAGGAUUACUCUACAUAAGUGAGUGAGCGAAAAAUCAUUUGGGACAUAACUCCAAAUAGCUCCUGACUCUUUUGGAACAUUUUUACUGGAGAUGAUGAGCCAGCAAGAGAACUAAAAACAAAUAUGUGCUGUGUGUAUGGCACAGUGUGAUACACUGCAUUGCCCCACUAAUGCAUUGACUCAUUGCAUGAAUAGACAGGCAGUGUAAUGAGAAGAGCAUUGGGCAGGACAUAGUGAAGAUGGAUGAGGUAGUUGGGGAUCCAUUUAAUUCUACAUAGAUAUUGCACUACCCUGGAGGAAGUUUCUAAUGAUAUGGAAACAAUCCUUUAUUUUGUAAUUGUGAUUUCAUUGAAUAAACAUGAUUGUAAUGAUAUCAUUCCUAUUCUAAAGGAGAAAUGACCAUUCUUCCAUCAUUACUCUCUCAGUGACGGGCCAUGAGGGUAAUAUGCUGUUUGUAUUAAAAACACAUUCAAAACAAGCUCAGUGGAAGCUGGCCUCCAGACAAACCUCAGACACAAAGGCAAUGACGCUCUCAUUGUGUUACAUCACGUUUCUAGCCUCUUCUUCUUGCUAACUCAGAGACAAGCACUCCCUCUUGGUGGCAUAUUCUUAAUGGACUUCAGACUAUGUGACAUUCAUGUUCUUUCUCUUUCCACUGCAACAAAUGGUAUCCCUAAUACAAUGUGACAGAGCUAUCGUUGAAUUGUGAAGGUGUUAAAAGUAGUAUGCGUGUUCCAUGCUUUUCUCUGACUUCAAUGUGGCAUUGCUUAAUAUACACAAUAAGAAACAUAUGUAACACAAUUUACAUUUAAAUAUUUUGCACAAAAAAUAAGAAAAAAGAGUCAAUGGUGAUGCAUGGUGAUGCAUUAUCCUGGGAUUUUGCCACCUGCCUUCAUUGACUCUGUUUACGUCAAUAUAGACAAUGUAGAUAUGAGAAACAAAUAACAAUAUGAGAGUUCAAGACCAACGAUAGAAUGGAUUUCUAUUGGUAGUGGGUAACUGGAGACAGGUGCUCUGUAUUUCAGGUUCACCUAUGAGAUCGCCCCAGUCUUCGUGCUCAUGGAACAGCUGACGCUGAAGAAGAUGAGGGAGAUCAUUGGCUGGCCAAAUGGAGAGGGCGAUGGGAUAUUCUCACCAGGUGAGUGCGAAGCCAAUUCUGAUGAACGGUUAUGAAUUCAGCCAUGCCUUGAGAAUCUGAGAUGGGAAUAAACCUACCGUUACAGAUGAAUAUUCCUUACACAAGCCUUCAGAUGAUAAUAGAAUGCAGUUUAGUGAAAGAUUGUAUGCAACAUCUGUGCAGGUGGAGCGAUAUCCAACAUGUACAGUGUGAUGAUCGCACGCUACAAGUUCUUCCCUGAAGUCAAGACCAAAGGCAUGACUGCUGCCCCCAGACUGGUGCUCUUCACCUCAGAGCAUGUAAAUCUUAUCCUAACAUCUGAGCAGAACAUUCAUUUUCACAACAGAACAUGUCUCCAGUCUCAGAAACAGUAUUGUAUUACCAAAACAAAGUAUUAUUGUUAUUUAUUGUCACUGCUUGGUUCACCCUGUCUAUUCUGUAUAAAGGGUUUGUGGCAUGCCUGAUUCAAAGCAAAAAAAAUGACCCUCAUUGAAACUGAUACAACCAUUGGACAGUACAUCAGCUGACUGUAUGUCAGAGCUCAGCUGAUAGGUUAGUAGUCUAAUGCCAUGCUCAUGUGUUUUGGCAGAGCCACUACUCUAUAAAGAAAGCCAGUGCUGCUCUGGGCUUUGGAACAGAAAACCUGAUCCUGUUGAGCACAGAUGAGAGGUUUGUGGAGCCAUGUCCAAUACACUGCACUGUAUGAAACAACCCCGUGAGAACAUCCACUUUGACAUGUCUGUUUGCUUCUGUAGAGGGAGAGUCAUUCCUGCUGAUUUGGAAGCUAAGGUCAUCGAUGCCAAGGCGAGGGUGAGUUUCAAACCGUCAGCCAAUCAACUUCAAAUUGCGGAUUCGUACCCCCUGAAGACAUUAAAUACCCUCCGUUUGUUUCUGCACAAUGAUGCGAUGCACUGAAACUGAAUUCUAAUGAGAACAGCUGCCUAAUAUGAAUCCAGUCAACUGAAUACUCUGGACAUCAAGUAAUCUUACUUGUUUACAAAAUAAAAACAUGUCUACUUUCAUUUUAGGGUUAGUGCUUAUGCCUCCUCAAGUAUUAUCUUAUCCACUGCCACUAGUUCCAAAGCACAGUCUCCUGAAGCUAGUUCAGUUACAGGAGAGAGGUGAUAGCAGGCUGUCUGUAAUGGGCAUGCAAUUCUGCUGUGACAAAGGCUUGCCAAGAGAAAUAAUCCAAUGUCGUUGAAAUCUGCUCUAACCAAUUUAUAUUAUGUCAAAGAUUACAGAAAAUGAGGAAUGCAACUAUUUCAAUUCACUCCAAUAAUACAAGACUCCAUAUUCAUUCUGAUGGUGUAUGCUUGCAGGGUUGUGUCCCAAUGUUCGUGAAUGCUACAGCUGGUUCCACAGUGUAUGGAGCGUUCGAUCCCAUCCACGAGAUUGCAGACAUCUGCGAGAAAUACAACAUGUGGCUACAUGUGGAUGUAAGUGCAUCUUCCUACUAUGAAUACAGGAAGGUUAUGAUAAUAUAGGUAAUUUCAGGGUUGAUUGCAACACAUUUUCAUGGUCGGCUGAGCUUUCAUUUGAACAUAUAAGCCACUUUCAUGUCUAAUCCUCAAAACAAACUGUUGUCUUUGUUCAGGGUGCAUGGGGAGGAGGGCUACUGAUGUCCAGGAAGCACAGGCACAAGUUGAGUGGUGUAGAGAGGUAAGCUGCAGUCCUGGGAAGAGACCCUUAUUAAACCAAUCACACACACUCAUUGACGGGGACUGUGGCCUGUCUUACAGUCUGUGUUCCAUGUUUGCAGGGCCAACUCAGUCACCUGGAACCCUCACAAGAUGAUGGGUGUGCCACUGCAGUGCUCUGCCAUUCUGGUCAGAGAGAGGGUAAGAGCACUACUGACAGAUGGGUUAUCACUUAUGGUGUGAAUGCCAUGAAACACACUUAAGUCACAAGUCACAGAGAGUUGGCAACUAUUGUUAUGAAUAUCGCCCAGUUUGAAGGCACCAUUGAACUUUAAGUCUCUGCAUUUCGCCAUUGUCCUUUAACCACACCAUUGAUCUUUACAGGGAGUUUUAUCAGGCUGCAACUCCAUGUGUGCUGGCUACCUCUUCCAACCAGACAAACAGUACGAUGUAUCAUACGACACAGGGGACAAGGCCAUCCAGUGUGGACGACAUGUAGAUAUCUUUAAAUUCUGGCUAAUGUGGAAAGCAAAGGUAAUGUGCACAUAUCUCUCCAAGCUUUUAUUGCAAUACUUAAUCAGGCUUUAAAGCUUUAGCAUGUAACAGGGAUUGAUCUUGGAUGCUGAUCUUGGCUCAUGGAACAGAAAAAGAGUAGCGCUUGAUUUUAAUGAUCUUUCUAUGUUCUGUAUUUUUCCGCUCCAACAGGGAACAAUAGGGUUUGAACAGCACAUCGACAAGUGCUUGGACCUCUCGCAUUAUCUCUACACUAAAAUCAAGGACCGCGAGGGCUAUCAGAUGGUGUUCGAUGGAGAGGUGAGAUUUUUCUCCCUUCAUUUUCUACUUGGUUCUGUUUACAAAGACAGUAAUAUCUUCUAAUGGAUUACCCUAAUAAAGCGUCAGAGGAAUGACAUAUCUGAUUAAUAUGAACUCAUUAACUGAGAUGCCCAAUAGUGUUCUGAGCAACACAAUGUAGUGAGGCAGGCCAACUCUCCUCCCUGUCUGCCUGUAGAGGUGGUGCUAUGCUUUAGAAUCCCCAGUUGAACUCGUUGUGGAUUGAUGAACUUGCCUUGCAGAGCCUCAAAUCUCAAUUUGGCCUCUUAGUGAGGUUGGCUACUUCUUCUUUAGACCCUCCAUUGAGUAAAGACACUGACGAACAAUGUUGCUGUUUUCUUUCCACAGCCCCAGCACACGAAUGUCUGCUUCUGGUACCUUCCGCCAGGCAUUCGUGACAUGCCCGAUGGUCAGGAGAAGAGGGAGAGGUUGCAUAAGGUAAGGAGUAAAGGACUUGUCAGCUUCGGCCCAUGAAGACUAUAUUCUGUAAUCAGAUGAGACAGCACUGACCUACUGUACAUUUCUCUGAAUUGUCCUUGUCUAAACCAGGUGGCCCCUAAGAUCAAGGCGAUGAUGAUGGAAUCUGGAACUACCAUGGUGGGCUACCAGCCUCAGGGAGACAAGGUCAACUUCUUCCGCAUGGUCAUCUCCAAUCCUGCCGCCACCAGGUCAGAUAUCGACUUCUUGACCGAUGAGAUUGAGAGACUGGGGCAGGACUUGUAA